GCGACUAAACCAAAAGAGCCGCCACGCGAUAAUACCUUCAAAACUUCCCCAUCCCGUUCGCUUUGGUGGAAGUCUUUACCACUGAGAUACAUAAUUCUCCUCUGUACCUGAUACAACGACUCCUCGAAUCUGUCGGUUAUUUUGACACUGGGCGAGUAUGUCCAGACAGUGCUGUAUUCCUACCGCGGUGUAAACGUAAUUAUGUUCACGCACCGCCAACUGAGUUGGAUUCGGGUAAACAGAAAAAAGAGAACACUCCUUAAAAAUUUGACCAUGUUCACUGUAUUUUUUCUAAUAUUGAUGGUGUAUAGCGGCAAGGGUGUACACGUAGAGAGGAAUGGUAGCCACGUGCACGUGGGUGUAGGCACCGUACAUACUGAUGGAAGAGAAGUACACUUCAGUACCUCAGAAGGGUGGACAGAGCGCCUCCGAGGACCUCUAGAGGCUGAGGAUCCUCGUGUGGUGAGCGCUCUCCGUGACCACCACCUCCAACUUCCCAGCAACAACCCCUACACCCUCGAUACUUACACCAACAGACUGAACUACAAGGACAUGGACUCGUGGAAAUUUCUGCACGAACGGCUGGUGAGGCUGAUGGCCCAUCGCCCGCCAGGUUUCUUCAUCGAAGCCGGAGCUCUCGAUGGCCAGUACCUCUCAAACACCUUACACCUGGAGAAGGUGUACGGGUGGCGAGGGCUACUGGUGGAGGCAAAUCCAAGUGCUUAUAAACAAUUGUUAAAGAAGAACCGACGGGCCUGGUCCUCUAACACCUGCCUCGCCAUAACGCCCUACCCCAAGGAAAUGGUAUUGGAGAUGCUGGACACUCAUGAGGAAACAGAAACCUCUCAGGCACUCUGGGUAAUCAGGGGCAGUUCCUUCUUAACAGAGGCUGGAGGGGCGGAUCAACAAUACCAGGCAAAUCGCUAUGAGACUACAUUCGCUGUGGUGCAGUGCUUUCCUCUCAUCACCUACCUCAGGGCACUUAAUGUCACCAAGGUUGAUCUCCUCUCACUUGAUGUCGAGGGAGCAGAGAGGAUGAUCCUGGACACCGUACCCUGGGACUCUCUUGAUAUCUCGGUACUCUUGGUAGAGCACCACGGGGAUGUGAAAGGAAAAGACUUAAAAUUUAUUAAAAGUAUUGAGGAUAGAGGAUAUGAGUUAUUUGACUAUCAGAUUGAUAAAGAUAAUAUUGGAGACUAUAUAUUUGUUAAGAGGGGUUUUGUAUAAUGUGAUCUGCUUAGAAAUACACUAAAGGGAGUUUUCCACUCCCAUGGUUGAAUUAAAA